UGCAGGUCGGAGUGAAAGCAGUUGUCAAUAAGGGCGAUCCAGAGCGGACAUUCCACGCCUCAGCCGCUUAGGUCUAAUGACGACUUCCGCCACGAUAGUUUCGGCCCCUGGGAAAGUCCUAGUGGCUGGGGGAUACUUGGUGCUGGACCCGGCAUAUCAAGGACUCGUGUUGACUACCGACUCUAGAUUCUUUACGGUCGUGAGGAGCCUCAAAAACGCCGGUGAUGGAACAAACAUUCGAGUGAGGUCCCCGCAACUCCUGGAUGGGGUGUGGCAAUAUUAUGCGGCGGUGGCUCCGGAUAGUGCAGCGAAUGCGCCGCACCAUAAGCUGAAACUAUCGAGUGUGGAGAAGUCGCCUCGAAACAGCUACGUAGAAGCAGCACUCGAGUACGCUUUGGGAGCGACUGCGGUGUUAGCUCCGAAAACGCACCCUUUGGCUGGUGUCAGCCUGGAUAUCAUCAUCGUGUGCAGUAAUGACUUUUACUCGCAACGCGAACAGCUCUCCAAAAAUGGCUUGGACUUAACAACGGAGUCACUCCGGUCGCUGAAGCCCUUCUGUUCCACCAUGUCACAAAUGUCGAAAGUUCACAAAACAGGCUUGGGUUCCUCGGCAGCCAUGAUUACGUCGCUGGUCGGCGCCGUCAUGUGCCACUUCAACGUCGCCUCUAUCCCGCUGACGGAAUCCAGCCGGAAUCGCUCCAUCCUUUCCGCCGCGGAAACACGCAGCUUGGAGCUCAUUCAUAAUACGGCGCAACUGGCUCAUUGUGUGGCCCAAGGGAAAAUCGGGAGUGGUUUCGAUGUGUGUGCGGCCGUAUGGGGCAGUCACACGUAUAAGCGAUUCUCGCCGAAAGUCAUGGAUGCGGUAAUGAAAACAUCGGAGUCUGGGGAAUCCAUGCCAUUCUCAGACCGGUUGCUAAGCGUAGUCCAGCCGCCAGAGACACACAAAUGGGACUACACUGUGGAGACGGGGUUCCUUCUCCCAGAGGGAUUCCAACUGCUGUUAGCGGACAUUGAUGCUGGAAGCAGCACACCGAAACUGGUAUCGAAAGUCCUGGCAUGGAGACAAUCGCAUAAGGAACAAGCUCAUCACCUCUGGACGGCACUGGCGCAGAAGAACAACCACAUCGAUGUUACUUUACGACAGUUGUAUAAGCUGGCUAGGGAGACUCCUACGGGUUACCAGGCGGCGCUCCGACAUCAUGGUCAGAUAAGGGCGUCUGAGUGGUCCACAGUGAAGGCACAGAGCCAAGGCGGCGUCGACAAAUUUUCUGAGCUCUUCGUUAGCGUGUAUGAGACGUUUAUGGGAAUCCGCUCCAGUAUGCGCGAAAUGUCGAAAUUAGCUGACGUCCCCAUCGAACCAGCGGAACAAACUCGGCUGUUGGAUGCGUGCAUGAAUGUGCCGGGCGUGAUUAUGGCCGGCGUGCCCGGAGCUGGUGGAUACGACGCGAUUUUCUGCAUAGCCCUCUCCGACGCCGCCCGAAAAGGGGUUGAGAAUGUAUGGCAGGGUUGGACGGAAAUGUCUGUUGGUCCUCUGCUUUCGAAAGAGUGUGGACAGGGACUUUAUCGCGUCUCAUCGGAAGCGAACGUAGCCGGUUUAGAAGGAGUGCUGAAGAGCAAUCCCUUGGAAUAGCACUUAGCUUAGAAGUCUUAGAGGCUCGGACAAUAUUCGGGCUUGAGAAAUCGGCGUAAUGACAUCUCCGUGUGGCAGGACUUUCUCCAUUGUCUUGGUAACUUACGGCUAGCCGCUUAAGGGAUGUUGUCAAUCAUAUACCAUCAAGGAUUGGAAG